UUACUAAACUAUCGGUCAUCACUAAGACCCAAAACGUAAACAAACCAACAAAACUACAAAUAAUGAUGGAAAAAUGGAUUACAUUUGGUGGCUAUCGGUGACCUAGCCAAGCGCUCCCACCCAACCAUGGGUGCCCUCGAGAUGCUGCAGGGCACCACCCAUUCUCUGUCGGCAGGAGCCCCCUCCUCGCGACUACGGCGGUUCCAUCUCCCCCACUGGGAAAGAUUACUCACACAUCGUGUGUAUUACAAAGGUUUUAAUAAAUAUCCCUUUAAGACCGAAACCUGGCCGCCGUCUCGGAUAUUUACGCGGUCAAAGCAGAGGAUUUUGUUUCGCUGGAAAAGGGUACAGGCGCCGCGGAAACUAUGCUCUACCAGUCAUGUAUUGGUAGAGCUCGCAUGGAAACGCGGCCCUCAAAGUAACAUACGCGAUGCGCGUGUGUGUGGUCACCUAAUCCUGAGGAGCUCCAAGGGAAAAGAAGGGACAGGCCGAAAAGGCAAACAACGAGGACAAAUAAGGCUCUCGGGACUAACUCCGGAUAAAUUCACAAACAGGGAAGUAGAUAUCAAUAUAUAUAUAAUAAAGGUACACAUGUAUUUAAAUUUUCCUAAAUUUCAGCCAUUAUUGGGCCGGGCCUGGAGGCAGUGGUAGCCCGGGCGGAAGACUUCUCGCCGGAGGCCAGCAGUGAUCCGGAUCUCCACACAGGAAAAAGGCACUCUCCGGUGAGUUGUGUACGAGCAGUCCGAGAUUCGGCUGCCCGACAAAAUGGCGAUCCUUCUCAGCGCCGCAAUGCGACCGCUGGAAGUUCCCGAGGUCCUGACGCGGUAUGCCGGAACGGACUCACCGGGAACUGUGGACGUCGUCGUCGACUGGGAAAGGCUCCUCUUGCGGGUCGAACGGACACCGUUUGCUGUAGCAGCCAAGUCGGACUCGCAGGUAUGGCGACGUCGCGCAGGUGACAGCAGAACUCCAAAUAAAUCUUCCGGAGCCCUUUGUAUUGGGACCCCGGUUGCUAUUUAUAAUUUUAAGCACGAAGAAAAAAUUGUAGUACUACGGUGCUAGGUGCAACUAUCUGGCUGAACAGUAUGGCCGCGACUAUCACGAUAUCUGCUGAUCAUCGCCCCCGCCAUAUUACAUGGCCUCUCUCAGCAUUGGGUCAUUGGAUACAUGGGCCAUUUGAAGUAAUCCCAGAGCGAACCGGGAUUAAUCUUCAAAUGGCCAGAUCGCCCGCCAGACUCAUCCCGCUGCUGCAGCUAUCGCCCUAUCGACCUAACCUAUCGAUAACGUCGCUCCCACUCGACUCCAAUUGCAACAU